AUGCAGCCCUCCCAUUUUCGGGGGAAUAACCCGAAUCCCUAUGACCUUCCACCCGUACAAUCAGUGACCGGCGCAUUUCCGGCCCCGGCGCUGCUCUCCGCUCCGCCCAGCAGACCUGACAGCGGGAUGCGAAUGGCUCAUCUACUCCAACCGAUGCCACAACACCUCCCAGCCCCUGCGACAUCGCCAUACUCGCGCUUCUACGACUCCGCCUCCGGGUCGCCCGCAGAAAGCGGUGCGCUCCCCGACGCGCCGCUGGGCUCAGUACCGGGCGGUCCGGGUCUGUACCAAACCAGCCCCGUUGGGCAGCAGCCAACGCCCGCGCAGCUGCAGCAAAAGCGCGCAUAUCGACAGCGUAGGAAGGAUCCCAGCUGCGACGCUUGUCGCGAGCGCAAGGUCAAAUGCGAUGCGUCGGAGUCGUCUAGUUGCACGGAAUGUAACAAUCGCAAGGUGCGAUGUCAGUUUACUAAGGAAACGAAUCGCCGUAUGUCGUCUAUUAAGCAGGUGCAGGACUUGGAGAAGCAGUUGCAGAACACCAAGCAGCAAUUGCAGCAUCUGCAGACUGGCAUGAUGCGUCCUGAUCGCAUGGUCGAUGUCGAUGAGGGCAUUGCGCAGCCUUUGAUUAAGUUGCCGGAGAUUGAGUACCGUCCUGUGCGGCGGUCGAAGGCGCCUAUUGCUCAGGAUUUCUCGGAUGUGCGAUCCAAUUUGCGACAUUAUGGUCGUGGUAUCUUGAAGGUUCCUACGCCUUAUCGACAGCAGUGUCCUGAGUCUUUGGUUACUGGUGAUGCGCCAGAGCUACCUCCAAAGACUCUCGCGGACCAUCUGUUGGCGCAGUACUUCAAUUGCAUUCAUUCGGUGCUUCCGGUGCUCCACUGGCCCAUCUUCAUGGCGGAGUAUGAGAAGGUCUAUCGGUCGGGGUCGCUGUUGGGUGUUUCGAAUGAAUGGGCUGCUGUUCUCUUUGGAGUAUUCGCCUGCGGUGCUAUUCACACCAACGAGCUGGAUCGGGAGGAGCAAGGCAAGAAAUACAUACGCACCUCGUGCGGCAUCAUCGAUGUUUGGCACGACAACUUCAAUCUGGAUCGAGCUCGGGCUGCGCUGCUUGCCAGUAUCUUCCUCUACGAGGUGAACUCGAAGUCAGCAAGUUGGGUAUGGAUUGGUUCAGCUGUGCGCGUGGCUCAAGAGAUGGGGCUGCACAUUGAGUCAGGACCCUGGCCAGCGGUCGAAGGGGAGAUGCGAAAGCGCGUAUGGUGGGGACUAUACGCUUGGGAUAGGUUUGUUAUGCCCAAGUACCUGGAUGAACCCUAG